UGCCACGGAACUUCGCUCGCAGGUCGUCGACCGUCCUCCGCUUCUCUCUCCCCUCUCCCUCUCUUUCUCUCUUUGUCUGUCUGUCUGUCUCUGUCUGUCUCUCUUUCGACUCUCGCUCGCUCCCUUCUCUCUCCCUCUCCUCCUCACCCAUGUCGUCCUUCGCUGCUUUAUCCCUCUCUCCCUCUCUCCGUCCGCAACCCUAGACACCUCCGGUGGUGCGCUUCUUGUCCGACGACUCCCUAGCUCUCCUGCUUACAGGUGACGACAUCUGAGUCUAUUUGUAGCUGGAUGGUUUGGUGAAACUGGGUUGACUACUUGAUCGCAAGAUGAUUUACACUGCAAUUGAUACAUUCUAUGUCACGGAAGAACAACUACAUAACUCGCCUUCGAGGAAGGAUGGCAUUGAUGAACAAACAGAAAUGACUCUUCGACUUUAUGGGUGUGAGUUGAUCCAAGAAAGUGGCAUACUGCUUAGACUACCUCAAGCGGUUAUGGCAACAGGACAAGUUCUUUUCCAUCGAUUCUACUGCAAGAAGUCCUUUGCCCGUUUCAAUGUCAAGAAAGUUGCUGCAAGCUGUGUUUGGCUUGCCUCAAAGCUGGAAGAGAGUCCUAGAAAAGCUAAGUAUAUAUUCUUGGUAUUUCACCGCAUGGAGUAUAGGAGAGAAAAUCGACCAAUUGAGUAUUUCGACCUAUCUUCCAAGAAAUACGCUGAAUUGAAAAUGGAAUUGAACAGAACAGAACGCCACUUACUGAAAGAGAUGGGUUUCAUCUGUCAUGUUGAACAUCCUCACAAGUUCAUACCUUCUUAUCUUGAAACACUUGGAGCUCCUAGAGAACUGAGACAGGAAGCAUGGAAUCUGGCCAAUGACAGCUUACGCACAACAUUAUGUGUGCGUUUCAAAAGUGAAGUUGUGGCCUGUGGGGUUGUCUAUGCUGCUGCUCGUCGGUUCCAGCUCCCUCUCCCUGAAAAUCCACCAUGGUGGGCUAUUUUUGGUGCGGAAAAGGCCGAGAUUGAUGAAGUGUGUAGGGUCCUUGCCCAUCUUUAUUCUCUUCCCAAGGCACAGUACAUACCUGUAUGUAAAGAUUCAGAUUCUUUUACAUUGUGCAGUAAGGCAAAGGAGUCUCAAAGCACGAUCCCAAAGACAACACCAAAUGGUAGCAACACUCCCACUCAACCUGGGACACCUAAGGCAGAUGCUGCUGGUGCGAAGGAUGUUGUUAAGGUUGCUCUGGACUUACUGAAGGAGUCAGGCAAGGGUGAGGAUGAAGUUCCAAGUGUGCCAAAAGAAGUAGAUGCGAAUGAAGAUAGCUCUGGAAAAGCAAAAGUGGUUCAUCACCGAGUGGAUGCCAAUGGGGACAAGAGCAAGGAUAAAGAGGGGGACAAGGAGAGAUCAAAGACCCGGGAACGUGAGAGGGGAAGAGAGAGUGAUAGAGAGCGGGACAGAGAGAAGGAGACAGAAAGGGACAGGGACAAACUCAGGGAGAGAAGUCGUCAUCGGAGCAAGGACAAGGGGAAAGAUUCAGGUCACUCUGAGAAAUCAAGACAUCAUUCUUCUAGGGAUAGAGGUGAUUACCAUAGUUAUUCUUCUUCACGUGAGAAGGACCGGCACCGACAUCAUCCUUAUGCAUGACGCCAUGGAAUUGGCUUUGUACUAUGUGGGGCUGUCGUCUAAUUCCAAUGUUUCUAUUCUUUUUGCCUAUUUUCCCUUUACAAGGAAGUUAAUAUGCUUCCUGAAAUAUUGAGCUUUUCCUUCUGGAUAUUUCUCAGUGUUAUACUUUGGAGAGCGUAUCGUUCACAUGAUGUAAAAAUAACCAAUACUUUUUGGAGAUCGAGUUAAUGAUCUGAAACUAGAGAAAUCAUUUCUUA